UUUUCUUUAUUUUUCUUCGUUCUAAAGCCUGUUUUUACUUUGUUAUAUCUGAUUUUAGAUACUUAACGCUUUUUUCCCUUUUCUUAAUUAGGUAAGCCAGUAUUCUUUUUUUGUUGUUGUUGGUUUUUAUUUUUUUGUUGUUCUUUUUUUUUUCCCAAAGAGUUAGCUUUUGGAUUUAUAUUAGUUCUUUCUCUUUUCUAAUACGUUUGUUUUUUCUUUUAUUCUAUUUCUUUUAUUCUUUGGUUUGCUGUAUUCCUUUUCUUUGUUGAAUUGGUUGAGCAUUUGUUUUCAUUUGAUUUAUAUUAGUAUUUAAUGCUUUAAACUCUGAUAAAUGGUUUAGCUGAAUUUAUGGAUUUUAUAUGUCAUGUUUUCAUGAUCAUUAUUUUCAAGAAAUUCUCCUCUUUAGGUUUGGAUUUCACCCAUGAUCCAAUAAUCUUUUAAUUGCAUGUUUUAAAUUUUUCAGGUUGAAGAACUUUUUGUUAUGUGUGUGUUAUUUUGAAUAAAAAAAAAUAAGUUCUGUGUUAUUACUCUUUAUAUUUCUAUUUUUUUAACUUUAAUGAGAUUUUCUUUGUGACUUAAGAUAUGGUCAGUUUAUCUGAAUUUUCCGUGUGUGCUUGAAAAGAAGGAGUAUUUUCUACUUUUUUAGUUUUCAGAUUCUAGAGUAUAUCUAAAACCUCUGUUGUUUUGAUCUUUUGUAUUUUUAAUAUCUUUGUCUACUUGAUCUCUUGGUUUGAGAAGAUCUUGUUGAAGUAUCUUAGUGGUAUGUUUCUGUCUAGUUUUCUCUAUACUUUCUGUACUUCACUGCUGUAUUGAGUGCACAGAUACAGAGAUAAUAACUGUUCUCUUUUCAUUAUAAUUUUUUUUAAAGCAGUGUUUAGAGAUGACCUGAGUUUGGUUAUCUGUUGAAUGUUCUUUAAAGUAUACAGUCUUAUUUAUUUGUGGCUCUGCUUAUUAUGAAACAAGAUAAUACAAUUUUUGUGAUCACUUCAUAACACAAAAUCUCCAUUAACCCUAUUAGGGGAGUUUUCUUCAGUAGUUGUAAACAAAUUAUACUAGUUUCCCCAGUAUAGAUCUACAUUUCUUUAUUCUCUGUGUUUCUGUAAUAUUGAAAGGAUCUGAAAUUGUACAUCUGUGAAGAAUUUAAAAUUUUAAAAUGUCUGAUUAUAUCUAUUCUAAUAGCUAUAGACUGAGCUGAGUUUUGGGGCUAAUGUUCAGGCCAAAAAUCAGUGAACCAUUGUUCAUUUUUUAAAGAUUUUACCCUUCAUCAGAAGUGUCCAGUUGAAGUUUUGAAAACAUUAAGAAAGAAUCUUCAAGAGGGAGACAUAGGGAAAAGGAAGACAUAAAAAUCACUAAGGAGAGAACUCCAGAAAGUGAAGAAGAAAAUGUAGAAUGGGAAACUAAUAGAGAUGAUUCUGACAAUGGAGAUAUUAAUUAUGAUUACGUUCAUGAGUUGUCAUUGGAAAUGAAGCGUCAGAAGAUACAGAGGGAAUUAAUGAAGCUGGAACAAGAAAACAUGGACAAGAGAGAAGAAAUUAUUAUUAAAAAAGAGGUUUCACCAGAAGUGAUUAGAUCAAAAUUAUCUCCAUCACCUUCUCUAAGAAAAUCAAGCAAAUCUCCAAAGCGAAAAUCAAGCCCUAAGUCGUCAUCUUCAGCAAGCAAGAAAGACAGGAAGACAGCUGCAGUAUCCUCACCCUUAUUGGACCAGCAGAGGAAUUCAAAAGGCAACCAGAGCAAAAAGAAAGGACCUCGAACUCCUAGUCCACCCCCUCCUAUACAGGAAGAUAUUGUUCUGGGGAAAAAAUACAAAGAAAAGUAUAAAGUAAAAGAUAGAUUAGAAGAAAAACCAAGAGAUGGAAAAGACAGAGGACGAGAUUUUGAAAGACAAAGAGAAAAAAGAGACAAGCCAAGGUCUACUUCCCCAGUAGGACAGCAUCAUUCUCCUAUAUCUUCUAGACAUCAUUCAUCUUCCUCACAAUCAGGAUCAUCUAUUCAAAGACAUUCUCCUUCUCCUCGUCGAAAAAGAACUCCUUCACCAUCUUAUCAGAGGACAAUAACUCCACCUUUACGACGCUCUGCUUCUCCUUAUCCUUCACAUUCUCUGUCUUCUCCUCAGAGAAAGCAAAGUCCCCCAAGACAUCGCUCUCCAAUGCGAGAAAAAGGGAGGCAUGACCAUGAACGAACUUCACAAUCUCAUGAUCGGCGUCAUGAAAGAAGGGAAGAGACCAGAAGCAAAAGGGAUAGAGAAAAGGACACAAGAGAAGAACGAGAGUAUGAACAAGAUCAGAGCUCUUCUAGAGACCACAGAGAUGACCGAGAGCCUCGAGAUGGUCGGGAUCGAAGAGAUACCAGAGAUACUAGAGACCGACGGGAACUAAGGGACUCCAGAGACAUUCGGGACUCCAGGGAGAUGAGAGAUUAUAGCAGAGAUAACAAAGAGAGCCGUGAUCCCAGAGAUUCUCGGUCUGCUCGUGAUACCCACGACUACAGGGACCGUGAAAGUCGAGAUUCUCAUCGAAAGGAGGAUACCUAUCAAGAAGAAUCCCGAAGUUAUGGCAGAAACCAUUUGAGAGAAGAAAGUUCUCGUACUGAAAUAAGGAAUGAUGCCAGAAAUGAGUCUCGAAGUGAAAUUAGGAAUGACCGGAUGGGCAGAAGUAGGGGGAGAGGUCCAGAAUUACCUGAAAAGGGAAGUCGAGGCACAAGAGGUUCUCAAAUUGAUAGUCACAGUAGUAGUAGCAACUAUCAUGACAGCUGGGAAACUCGAAGUAGCUAUCCUGAAAGAGACAGAUAUCCUGAAAGAGACAACAGAGACCAAGCAAGGGAUUCUUCCUUUGAGAGAAGACAUGGAGAGAGAGACCGUCGUGACAACAGAGAGAGAGCUCCUAUGUUCUACACCUCCUGCUGCCCCUAUCCUUUGCCACCAGUGUUCUCAGGUCCUGCUGGGGGGACAGAGAAGAUCAGAGAUCAAAGACCAAGCUCACCAAUUCGACAUCAGGGAAGGAAUGACGAGCUUGAGCGUGAUGAAAGAAGAGAGGAACGAAGAGUAGACAGAGUGGAGGAUAGAAGAGAUGAAAGGGCUAGAGAGAGAGAGAGGGAGCGAGAGCGAGACAGAGAGCGUGAGAGGGAGAGGGAGCGUGAGCGGGAUCGGGAAAGAGAGAAGGAAAGAGAGCUGGAAAGAGAGCGUGCUAGGGAGCGGGAGAGAGAAAGAGAAAGAGAAAAGGAGAGGGACCGUGAAAGAGAGCGAGAUCGUGACCAUGAUCGAGAGAGGGAGAGAGAGAGGGAGCGAGAUAGGGAAAAAGAACGGGAGCGAGAGAGAGAAGAGAGGGAGCGAGAGAGAGAGAGAGAGCGGGAGAGGGAACGAGAGCGAGAGCGGGAACGAGAGAGAGCGAGAGAAAGGGAUAAAGAACGAGAGCGUCAGAGGGAUUGGGAAGACAAAGAAAAAGGACGAGAUGACCGCCGAGAAAAGCGGGAAGAUACCAGAGAAGACCGGAAUCCCAGAGAUGGACACGAUGAGAGAAAGUCAAAGAAACGCUAUAGAAAUGAAGGGAGUCCUAGCCCUCGUCAGUCACCUAAGCGCCGGCGAGAACAUUCUCCUGACAGUGAUGCGUACAACAGCGGAGAUGAUAAAAAUGAAAAACAUAGACUCUUGAGCCAGGUUGUACGACCUCAAGAGUCUCGUUCUCUCAGUCCGUCACACCUUACAGAAGACAGGCAGGGUAGAUGGAAAGAGGAAGAUCGUAAACUAGAAAGAAAAGAGAGUUCAAGGCGGUAUGAAGAGCAAGAGCUCAAAGAGAAAGUUUCUUCUGUAGAUAAGCAGAGAGAACAGACAGAAAUCAUGGAAAGCUCAAGAACUCGUGCACAAGACAUGAUAGGACACCACCCGUCUGAUGAUCGAGACACAUCUGAUCGAGCUCAUGAUGAGAACAAGAAAAAAGCAAAAAUUCAAAAGAAACCAAUGAAGAAAAAGAAAGAGGAUGAUGUUGGGAUAGAGAGGGGUAACACAGAGAUAGCAUCUGAAGAUGGUCAAGUAUUUUCACCAAAAAAAGGACAGAAGAAGAAAAGUAUUGAAAAAAAACGUAAAAAAUCCAAAGGCGAUUCGGAUAUUUCUGAUGAAGAAGCAGCCCUGCAGAGUAAGAAGAAGCGAGGCCCACGGACUCCCCCAAUAACAACCAAAGAGGAGCUGGUUGAAAUUUCCAACAGUAAGGAUGGCAGUCUAGAGGAUUCUCAGAAAAAAGAAGAUACGGCGUUCAGUGACUGGUCUGAUGAGGAUGUGCCUGAGCGGGCGGAGGGGGCAGAACCGGAGCACGCCGCCACGGCUGCUACUCCUGCGAGGACUCCUUCUCCGUCUUCUCUUCCUCCUCCUCCUCCUCCUGCGGCCACUGCUGCCAGUACCACUGGCCCGGCUCCUCUCGCCACGUCCGCUGCCGCCAGCUUCACAUCGACCACCGCCAUUGCCUCCUCUGCCACCCCCACCGGUACCGCCAACGAAGACUCGCACAGAAAGUGCCAUAGAGCACGAGCGGAAAAAGUAGAGGCACCUCACGUUACUAUAGAAGACGCACCGCAUCGCAAGCCAGUGGAUCAAAAGAGGAGUAGCAGCCUUGGGAGCAAUCGGAGUAAUCGUAGUCAUACGUCAGGUCGUCUCCGUUCCCCAUCCAAUGAUUCUGCCCAUCGAAGUGGAGAUGACCAGAGUGGUCGAAAGAGAGUACUGCAUAGUGGCUCAAGAGAUAGAGAGAAAACAAAAAGUCUGGAAAUCACAGGAGAGAGAAAAUCUAGGAUUGAUCAGUUAAAGCGUGGAGAACCCAGUCGAAGUACUUCUUCAGAUCGCCAGGACUCAAGGAGCCAUAGUUCGAGAAGAAGUUCUCCUGAAUCGGAUCGACAGGUCCAUUCAAGAUCCGGGUCGUUCGAUAGCAGAGAUAGGCUUCAAGAACGUGAUCGAUAUGAGCAUGAUAGAGAGCGGGACAGAGAGAGGAGAGACACAAGACAGAGAGAAUGGGACCGAGAUGCCGAUAAAGAUUGGCCACGGAACAGGGACCGAGAUAGAUUGCGGGAACGAGAGAGAGAACGAGACAAAAGGAGAGAUUUGGACAGGGAAAGAGAGAGACUAAUUCCUGAUUCUAUGGAAAGGGACAGGGACAGAGACAGAGACAGAACUUUUGAGAGUUCUUCUCAAAUAGAGUCUGUUAAACGCAGUGAAGCAAAACUGGAAAGUGAACAUGAAAGAGACCUAGAAGGCACUUCCCGAGACUCUCUUGCUUCGGAUAAAGAAAAAAUGGAUAAAGAUCUAGGAUCUGUGCAGGGAUUUGAAGAUCUAAACAAAGCUGAGAGAACUGAGAGUGUGGAAGCAGGAGAUGACGAAUCCAAGCUAGAUGAUGCACAUUCAUUAGGAUCUGGUGCUGGAGAAGGAUAUGAGCCGAUCAGUGAUGAUGAACUAGAUGAAAUUCUAGCAGGUGAUGCUGAAAAGAGGGAAGACCAACAGGAUGAGGAGAAGAUGCCAGAUCCAUUAGAUGUGAUAGAUGUGGAUUGGUCUGGUCUUAUGCCAAAGCAUCCAAAAGAACCACGAGAGCCUGGGGCUGCACUGUUAAAAUUCACACCUGGAGCUGUUAUGCUCAGAGUUGGGAUUUCUAAAAAGUUGGCAGGUUCUGAACUCUUUACCAAAGUCAAAGAAACAUGUCAGAGACUUUUAGAAAAACCCAAAGAUGCAGACAGUCUUUUUGAACAUGAAUUGGGGGCUCUCAACAUGGCUGCAUUACUACGAAAAGAAGAGCGAGCAAGUCUUCUUAGUAAUCUUGGACCAUGUUGUAAAGCGUUAUGCUUCAGACGGGAUUCAGCAAUCCGGAAGCAGCUUGUUAAAAAUGAGAAGGGCACUGUAAAACAAGCUUACACGAAUGCUCCAGUGGUAGACAAUGACUUGCUGCGAUUGAGUCUUCGGCUAUUUAAAAAGAAGACUACCUGUCAUGCCCCAGGACAUGAGAAGGCUGACGAUAAUAAACUCCCACAGCCCAGCGUCCAGCAGGAACUGUGUGUGUCUUAGGACUGAAUUCCAGUGACAUUUCUGGGACUGUGUUCCUUCAGGAUUGCAUAUUCUUUUUCAGAGUUCUUUGGUUUGACAAACAUUCAGGACAAAGGCAGAAAAGAUUUACCAGCCGUGGUAAAAGGGGAAGAACAACUUGGAUCUAAAGUUUAAUGACACUAGUUUUGGCUUAAUUAAGAUUUUACAUAAAUUUUUACACAGUACUUGAUACUCCUGUGAAAUAAUGUGAAAACAUCUAGAUUUAACAGUUUAUUCUGUACCUUUUGUUAAAACUGAAGAUUUUGGAAAAACGGUUGCCACUGCUCUUGCAGCCUCUGAAUAUUUUUUAUGAGAUGGAGCUACUGACUUAUGUUUUGGAUCAUCCCUACAGAAACUGAUUUUAUUCAGAAUCAGUGUGUUCACAGAAUGAAUGCACACACUGCAAUUUUGUGCUGUACAGAACUCUUGAAAGCGGAUGCUUGGUCCCACAUGCUGUGUUUGUGGGCAGACCUCCAGCAGGGGAGAGCCAAAGUACUUUUUUCCUCUAAAAAAAUUCUAAAAAAAAAUUACUAAUGGGUUUUUUUUUUUAAAUAUAUGUGCAUUGUUACAAUGUAUAUUGGACGUGUUUGAAUUCUCAAUGGUUUUGUUAUCAAAGACUGUCUAAUGUUUUUAUUUUUAAUAAAUGUACCUUUCCUUUCCUUGUUCUCGAUUCA